UGGACCACACCUCACGGAACUAAUAAAAUUAGGCGCAGACAGGAGGCGACCAACAGAAGAAACAAACAUCCAUCAAUCUAAUCUUCCUUCACCCAAUUUCAUCUUCCAUUCUGUUCACUUUUCUAUUCUAGGGUUUCUUACUGUUUUCUAGGGUUUCAAUUCAUCUUCUUCCCAAUGGAUCCAUCAAUUCACCCUUCCGACACCGAAAUGUCUGACGCCGCCGCACCUCCUCCUCCUCCGCCGCAGCAGCAGCCGGUCGCCGGAAUCGACAACAUCCCCGCCACUCUCAGCCACGGCGGCAGGUUUAUCCAGUACAAUAUUUUUGGUAACAUCUUCGAAGUUACCGCUAAGUAUAAACCGCCUAUUAUGCCUAUUGGAAAAGGAGCGUACGGCAUCGUCUGUUCGGCGUUGAAUUCGGAGACGAAUGAGCAUGUUGCGAUUAAGAAGAUUGCUAACGCGUUUGAUAAUAAGAUUGAUGCGAAGAGGACGCUACGGGAGAUUAAGCUUUUGCGUCAUAUGGAUCAUGAAAAUGUUGUUGCAAUUAGAGAUAUAAUUCCACCUCCAGAGAGGAAUGCAUUUAAUGAUGUCUACAUUGCUUAUGAGCUCAUGGAUACUGAUCUCCAUCAAAUAAUUCGUUCCAAUCAAUCAUUAUCAGAGGAGCAUUGCCAGUAUUUUUUGUAUCAGAUCCUGCGUGGGUUAAAAUACAUACAUUCUGCAAAUGUGCUGCACAGAGAUUUGAAGCCAAGCAAUCUUCUACUGAACGCUAAUUGUGAUCUGAAAAUAUGCGAUUUCGGACUAGCUCGUGUUACAUCUGAAACCGAUUUCAUGACCGAAUAUGUUGUCACAAGAUGGUACCGUGCACCAGAGCUGUUGUUAAACUCUUCUGAUUAUACUGCUGCCAUUGACGUAUGGUCUGUGGGUUGCAUUUUUAUGGAAUUAAUGGACCGCAAGCCCUUAUUUCCCGGUAGAGAUCAUGUGCACCAGCUAAGAUUGCUUAUGGAGUUGAUUGGAACUCCAUCAGAAGCAGAGUUAGGGUUUCUUAAUGAAAAUGCAAAAAGAUACAUUCGACAACUACAACAUUAUCCACGACAGUCAUUCAAUGAGAAGUUUCCUCAAGUUCAUCCUGCUGCUAUUGAUCUCAUUGAAAAGAUGUUGACAUUUGACCCUAGACAGAGGAUUACAGUUGAAGAUGCACUUGCUCAUCCAUAUCUGACAUCACUGCAUGACAUCAGCGAUGAGCCUGUGUGCAUGACCCCUUUUAAUUUUGACUUUGAGCAUCAUGCCCCAACUGAAGAACAGAUGAAGGAGAUGAUUUAUAGGGAAGCUCUGGCUUUUAAUCCUGAAUAUCAGCAUCUGUGAGUCCUAUCAGUGUUAAUGUUUUUACUAUCCGCUGUUUGUUUGUUGUGUGGUUUUUGUAGUAGCGUGGCGAUUUGUGAUUUCAUGAUUUUAUCUGUUGGUUGUAUAUAAUCUUUUUCGUCCAAAACCUGAUGUUGAAUUAUUUUAUUUGGUUAGGGCCAUAACUUGGCAACAAUACCGAUUAGACGUCAUUGUUGUAUGUUGUUCUAUGAUCACUGUCAUUGAAACUGUUUUUUUUUUUUUUGCCUUCUAAAUGAAGAUUUGGUUCAGAGUCGGUACAAGUGUAAACACUAGUAAUGGAAGUUAUAUCUGUUCUAGUGA